AUGUUUGGAAGUAAUACCCGGGGUCAGCUAGGACUGGGGUCAAAGAGCAACGUCAACAUCAACAAGCCCACUGCUGUGAAAGGUCAGUCCAUCAUGUACAAGGAUUAUGUUCGACACACAUUUUGUGAAAGUUUUGCAAAGUUUUGUAACGUUAAAACAUGUUUGUUUUUUCUUUAGUGUUGAAGUCUGAAAAAGUGAAGUUUGCAGCAUGUGGGGGAGACCACACAACAGUGUGCACAUGUAAGAGAAUCAUGUUAUUUUACUCUGCAUUACUAUAGAAGAUGUUAUGAAUAUGUGCCGUUACAAUGACUUAUGAGGCUUUCGCCCAUGUUUCUCAGGGAGUGGGCGGGUUUAUGGUGCUGGCAGUAACCAGGAGGGGCAGCUUGGUUUGGGACACUGUGAUGACACAAAUACCUUCCACCUGAUUCAUCCCUUCUCUGACCACACACCAAUCAAAAUGCUCGCUGCUGGCUGCAACACCUCAGCUGCUCUGACAGGUAAGGAUGAUUACAGACAGACUGACAGACUGCCUGUCUACUGUGUGCCUGUCUACUGUGUGUGUGUUUGUCGGUCUGUCUGUCGGUCAGUCUAGCUUCUCUGUCAGUAUGUGUGCUGUGUUGUAUGUGUGUUGGCAGAGGAUGGCAGGCUGUUCAUGUGGGGUGAUAACUCGGUUGGCCAGAUCGGUCUGGGGGCCGAGAGCUACACCUCAGAGCCUAGAGAGGUGAUGGUGGGGCAGCCAGUGGCCUGGGUGUCCUGUGGAUACUACCAUUCAGCGUUCGUCACAGGUAACACACACAUGGUUAUUUUAAAUUGGGGAGCUAAACCUUAUGCAUACCAUUAACCUGUUGUCAUAUAGUAAUUUGGCUGGGUUAUUGUGGUUGGUUUGGGCUUGUUCCAGUGGACGGGGACCUCUACACAUUUGGGGAGAGCGGGAACGGAAGGCUGGGUCUAUUCCCUGACCAGCUGGCCAAUCACAGAGUCCCUCAGCAGGUGGAAGGCAUCCAGGACCCGGUCAUCCAAGUGUCCUGUGGAGGGGAGCACACAGUGGCACUCACAAGUAAAUACCUCUGGGAAAUACUAUUACUAUUAAUACUAACUCAUAGAUACAGUACUGUUAAUAAAAUAACAGUACAGACACAAAUCAUUUCCAGUUGGUAACUGUCUCCCUCUCUCUCUCUCUCUCUCUCGCUCUCUCUUCCUCUCCGUGUUCCAGAGGAGGAUGUGUACACAUUUGGGCGGGGUCAGCAUGGGCAGCUGGGCCACGGGACCUUCCUGUUCGAAGCACCUCUGCCCAAAGCACUGGACCACUUCCGGAAUGGCAGAGUCAGUCACGUAACCUGUGGAGAGAAUCACACCGCUGUGAUAACAGGCAAGCUUCUAUUCUACUCUAAUCUAUUCUACUAAGUAUACACUGUUGAAUAGAAGUUGUCAUUCAGACAUUUGAAACCUGAGCAUGUUCCAUUGAGACCCCAUGUCUCUCCCUCCAGACAGUGGGAUUCUGUACACCUUUGGGGACGGUCGCCAUGGUAAACUAGGACUGGGGGAAGAGAACUUCACCAACCAGUUCAGACCAACACUGUGCCCACGAUUCCUCAAAUACAGCGUCCAGUCAGUGAGUCAAGUUGUGUGUGAGUGUCUGUUUGUGUGUGUGUGUGUGUGUGUGUGUGUGUGUGUGUGUGUUUGUGCAUGUGCUAAUACUGUGCAUGUGUGUUCAGGUGGCAGGUGGCAGCUCUCACAUGCUCGUGUUGGCUAUGCCCAGACCCCAUGAGGUUGAGGAAGUGGUGAUAGAGGAGGAUGAUGUCACAGAGACCAUUCUGGAAGCUCUGGAGACCUACACUGAGCUGCUCUUGAUGGAUCCCUCCCUUCUGAUGCCCACCCCACCGACCGCACCUCCUCUCUGGACCCUGUCUGCUAGGGCCCGCCGCAGGGAGAGGGUGAGCACUGAGCCAAAACAUCAGAAAGUUCCAGAAAGGACAACCGGAGUGUUGCUUACAAGGAGUGACAGAGUUGUGGUGUUUGGUUGCCUUCACUAGGGAGCAAUGUUGCCUCACAUUUCUGCAGAGAUACUGUAUAUAAUGAUGAGAUGGUCUACACCCAGCAAUGGAAGACGUUGUCGCAAAGGCGGAAAGGCAGGCGGGAGGAGGCGAGAUCAGGAGGGAACAUUCUAGCCAAUGAGAGGGCAGAUAUGCGGAAAGGCAGGCGGGAGGAGGCGAGAUCAGGAGGGAACAUUCUAGCCAAUGAGAGGCUACAACUCCGAUAUAAAAUCAUUUUUCUCAAAGUUGCCGAGAUGCCAUGUUCGGCCACUUAUAAAAGUACAUUCGUAACAACCUAAACAUUACGAAACUUCUAUUCGAUCAGAUAAGCCUCACUUAGCAAAUUAACAAUCAAAUUUUUUUGUUGACCAAAUCUGACACGUUCUCUUAGGCCUCCAUACGGAAAAUCCCCACUUGGUUUGCUUAUUGCUGUAUUCUCGCGUGGACAGAUUUUGACUGGAGUGGAGCCUCUCGCUUCGCCUCUUCCUCUCUGGUAAUGGUCAUGUGCAGUUGCCUACUUUAUGUGUACCAGUCUCAAUCACUACUCUUUAGGACUAAUAUGGCCUGAGAGAGCAACUGAGCCCUUAUGUAGCCAUUAUUUAGUACUGAACAAAAAUAUAAACGCAACAUGUAAAGUAUUGGUAACGUUUCAUGAGCUGAAAUAAAAGAUCCCAGAAAUGUUCCAUGCGCACUAAAAGCUUAUUUCUCUCACAUUUUGUGCACAAAUGUAUCUACAUCCCUGUUAGUGAGCAUUUCUCCUUUGCCAAGAUAAUCCAUCCACCUGACAGGUGUGGCAUAUCAAGAAGCUGAUUAACAGCAUGAUCAUUACACAGUUGCACCUUGUGCUGGAGACAAUAAAAAGCCACUAAAAUUUGCAGUUUUGUCACACAACACAAUGCCACAGAUGUCUCUAGUUUUGAGGGAGCGUGGAAUUGGCAUGCUGAAUGCAGGAAUGUCCACCAGAGCUAUUGCCAGAGAAUUGAAUGUUCAUUUCUCUACCAUAAGCCACCUCCUACGUCGUUUUAGAGACUUUGGCAGUACAUCCAACCGGCCUCACAACCGCAGACCACGUGUAACCACGCCAGGUCCUCCACAUCUGGCUUCUUCACCUGCUGGAUCCUCUGAGACCAGCCACCCAGACAGCUGAUGAAACGGAGGAGUAUUUCUGUCUGUAAUAAAGCCCUUUUGUGGGGAAAAACUAAUUCUGAUUGGCUGGGCCUGGCUCCCCAGUGGGUGUGCCUGGCUCCUAAGUGGGUGGGCCUAUGCCCUCCCAGGCCCACCCAUGGCUGCGCACCUGCCAAGUCAUGUGAAAUCUAUAGAUUAGGCCCUAAUACAUUUAUUUCAAUUGACUGAUUUCCUUAUACGAACUGUAACUCAGUAAAGUCGUUGAAAUUGUUGCAUGUUCCGUUUAUAUAUUUUUUCAACUUUUCUGUGUGGUGAGUUUCAGGAGUGUUCUCCCGAUCAGUUUGGCCAGAUGUUCCGUAACCUUCCUCCUCUGAUGUCUGGCUUCUUCAACACCUCCCUUCCCGUGUCAAGAAACAUCCGCAUCUCCAGAACACCAUCUAAAGACCCCUCCACCUCCUCACUGUCCUCCAAUCCCUCCUCAAACAACGCCCCCAGUCCCUCUCGGUCACUCAAACCCAGAGGCAAACCCCCUUUAACACCAUCACGGUCACCCAAAUUCACAUUCCCAGACCCUCCCAGCCCUUCACUCUCCUCCAAGUCCAGCCCUAAGAAGAAGCCCACCCCGUCAAAAUCACCAAAAUCCACGUCUAAAGAACCCAUUAGCCCCUCACGGUCCUUCAAAUCCAUGCCUAAACUCAUCCCCGCCCCCACACUGACCCCUAAAACCCCCUUUAAAAAGCCCACAGAUGACAACCAAUCCCCCAAAACGCUGUCUAAGUGGCACCCCAGCCCUUCUCGGAGUCCCACCCCACCACAGACAGGUAUAUUAGCUGAAUCCUACAAUGCUAUCUUUCCUUUUCGCAAAACUAUUCUAUGACCUAUCCCAGUGCAGCCAUGUUCUCUGUGUGUUUUACAGAGAGGACCGAGGACACAGUGACAGAAGCCCCUGACAGCCUGAUGCUCAUUGAGAAUAUGGAGGAUGAAAAGGACACGUUGUUAAACCUGGUGAGUACAGUGGCUUUAUUAUAAAAUAUUAUGUGUACUACUGUGCCUUCAGAAUGUAGUCAUACCCCUUGACUUAUUACACAUUUUGUUGUGUUACAGCCUGAAUUCAAAAUGGAUUAAAUAUAUUUUUUUCUCACCCAUCUACACACAAUACCCCAUAAUGACAAACUGAAAACAUGUUUUCAGAACUUUUAGCAAAUUUUUUGAAAAUUAAAUACAGAAAUAUCUCAUUUACAUCAGUAUUUAUACCCCUGAGUCAAUACAUGUUAGAAUCACCUUUGGCAGUGAUUACAGCUGUGAGUCUUUCUGGGUAAGUCUCUAAGAGCGUUGCACACCUGGAUUGUACAAUAUUUGCACAAUAUUCUUUGAAAAAUUCUUCAAGCUCUGUCAAGUUGGUUAUUGAUCAUUGCUAGACAGACAUUUUGAAGUCUUGCCAUAGAUUUUCAAGACGAUUUAAGUCAAAACUGUAACUAGGCCACUCAGGAACAUUCAAUGUCAUCUUGGUAAGCAAUUCCAGUGUAUAUUUGGCCUUGUGUUUUAGGUUAUUGACCUGCUGAAAGGUGAAUGUGUCUCCCAGUGUCUGUUGGAAAGCAGACUGAACUAGGUUUUCCUCUAGGAUUUUGCCUGUGCUUAGCUCUAUUCCGUUACUUUUUAUCCUAAAGAACUCCCUAGUCCUUGCCGAUGACAAGGAUACCCAUAACAUGAUACAGACACCAUGCUUGAAAAUAUGAAGAGUGGUACUCAGUGAUGUGUUGUUGGAUUUGCCCAAAACAUAACGCUUUGUAUUCAGAACAUAAAGUUAAUUUGUUUGCCACAUUUUUUGCAGUUUUACAUUAGUGCCUUAUUGCAAACAGGAUGCAUGUUUUGGAAUAUUUUUAUUCUGUACAGGCUUCCUUCCUUUCACUCGGUCAUUUAGGUUGGUAUUGUGGAGUAACUACAAUGUUGUUGAUCCAUCCUCAGUUUUCUCCUAUCACAGCCAUUAAACUCUGUAACUGUUUUAAAGUCACCAUUGGCCUGAUGGUGAAAUCCAUGAGCGGUUUCCUUCCUCUCCGGCAACAGAGUUAGGAAGGACGCCUGUAUCUUUAUAGUGACUGGGUGUAUUGAUACACCAUCCAAAAUGUAAUUAAUAACUUCACCAUGUUCAAAGGAAUAUUCAAUCUACCAAUCAGUGCCCUUAGCGAGGCAUUGGAAAACCUCCCUGGUCUUUGCUGUGUUUGAAAUUCAGUGCUCGACUGAGGGACCUUACAGAUAAUGUUACGUAUAGGCCAGGAGUCAGAAAGCAGGUGCAGAAGGUGAGAGACAAUCAAUAACACCUAAGGACUGAUGAACACAGAGGGCUAAAUAAAGGCGAAGUAAUCAGGGAAGUGAGAAGUCCAGGUGUGCCUAAUGAUGAAGCGCAGGUGUGCGUGAUGAAGGUUGCCAGGUGUGCGUAAUGAUGGGUUGCCAGGACCGGUGGUUAGUAAACCGGCAACGUUGAGCGCUGGAGCGGUGGAGCGGGAGUAGACGUGACAGAUAAUCGUAUGUGUGGGGUACAGAGAUGAGGUAGUCAUUCAAAGAUCAUGUUAAAUACUGUUAUGGCACACAGAGUCCAUGCAACUUAUUAUGUGACUUGUUAAACACAUUUUUACUCCUGAACUUAUUUAGGCUUGCCAUAACAAAGGGGUUGAAUAGUUAUUGUCUCAAGACAUUUCAGCUUUUGUCAACAUUUCUAAAAACAUAAUUCCACUUUGACACUAUGAGAUAUUGUGUGAAGGCCAGUGACACAACAUCUCAAUUUCAUCCAUUUUAAAUUCAGGCUGUAACACAACAAAAUGUGGAAGAAGUCGAGGGGUGUGAAUAAUUUCUGAAGGCACUGUAUGUGUUAUGUGUAGGUUUGUUUGCUGUCUUGCUAUGGUCUGAGGUAUGUGAGCUCCAUGUCUUUGGCCUGGGAUCAUAAAGGCUCAUUACUUUGGUCAAGGGCUGUAAAGUUACAGUAACUUUCCCUAAAAUAUCAGGUUUUCUAGAAAUCUUGGUUGGAGGAUUCCGGAUUCGUGCUUAUUCAAAUCAAAUCACAAUUUAUUUGUCACAUGCACCGAAUACAACAGGUGUAGACCUUACCGUGAAAUGCUAAUUUACAAGCCCUUAACCAACAAUGCAGUUCAAGAAAUGGAGUUAAGAAAUUAUUUACCAAAUAAACUCAAGUAAAAAAUAAAAAGUAACACAAUAAAAUACCAAUAAUGAGGCUAUAUACAGGGGGUACCGGUACCGAGUCAAUGUGCAGGGGUACAGGUUAGUUGAGGUAAUUUGUACAUGUAGGUAAGGGUAGAGUGACUAUGCAUAGAUAAUAAACAGCGAGUAGCUGUUAAGGAUCCUUUUGGACCUAGACUUGGCGCUCCAGGACCGCUUGCGUCUUUGACCAUUUUUUGGGCCUUCGUCUGACACCGCCUAGUAUAUAGGUCCUGGGAUGGCAGGAAGCUUGGCCCUAGUGAUCAGUGAUGUUCUGGGCUGUACGCACUACCAUCUGUAGUGCCUUACGGUCAGAUGCCGAGCAGUUGCCAUACCAGGCGGUGAUGCAACCGGUCAGGAUGCUCUCGAUAGUGCAGCUGUAGAACUCUUUGAGGAUCUGGGGACCCGUCCCAAAUCUUUUCAGUCUCCUGAGGGGGAAAAGGCGUUGUCGUGCCCUCUUCAUGACUGUCUUGGUGUGUUUGGACCAUGAUAGUUUGUUGGUGAUGUGGACACCAAGGAACUUGAAACUCUCAACCCGCUCCACUACAGCCCCGUCGAUGUGAAUGGGAGCGUGUUCGGCCCUCCUUUUCAUGUGGUCCACGAUCAUCUCCUUUGUCUUACUCACGUUGAAGGAGAGGUUGUUGUCCUGGCACCACACUGCCAGGUCUCUGACCUCUUCCCUAUAGGCUGUCUCAUCGUUGUCGGUGAUCAGGCCUGCCACCGUUGUGUCAUCAGCAAACUUAAUGAUGGUGUUGGAGUCGUGCUUGGCCAGGCAGUCGUGGGUGAACAGGGAGUGUGUGAGAUUAGGCAUAGGGGCGCAUUUUCCAUUUGGUGGAACACUGGGGGUGAAAUCUGAAACCAUUCAUUUUAAUUGCGCUUGGUUUGGGGUCUCUCCAUCUGUCUCUGCGUCUGUCUCGCUCAUUUGCUUUUCCAAGGAAACAUGUAAUAAAUCUCCUGUUGCAGCUUCAGUGCUACAGAUGCCAAUAAACAAAUGGGUUUCAGCUUAACCCCUGUCCCUGCCGCCAUCCUUCCCAUCAACAUACACACACAGCACUUCCUGGCUCCGUAG